UUCACCCAUUUCGACAAUUACCAAGCCGUCCUCUAAACCUCCAAACACCCCUCUCCAAGUUUUCCUACUACUACGGCUGCUGCCGGAAUUUAGUGGGCCCCAGACGCCUGAGUAAGAUGAAUGCUGGUGGGUUAGCCUCCAACGGCCGUCAAUUCAAGAACCCAGAUGAGAUGUGGAGAGAAGAGGUUGGUGAUCAAUCCAAGAAGUCUGAGUGGUACAAUAAAGGUGUUAGCUAUUGGCAAGGUGUAGAGGCAACAGUGGAUGGUGUGCUGGGCGGAUAUGGGCAUGUGAAUGAUGCAGAUAUAAAGGCAAGCGAGGCAUUUCUGAAUACCCUUUUGGCUGAGAGGUUCACUGAUGCUGGCAGAGGCCACCAUCUUGUUGCUCUCGAUUGUGGGUCUGGCGUUGGGAGGGUUACCAAGAAUCUUCUUAUAAGAUACUUUAAUGAGGUUGACCUUCUUGAACCAGUGUCGCAUUUUCUGGAGGCUGCUCGAGGAAAUUUAGCCCCAGAGAAUUUACUGGUCUCAGACUCGUACAAGGCUGCCAAUUUCUAUUGCCUUCCACUUCAGGACUUCACUCCUGAUGCAAAAAGAUAUGAUUGCAUAUGGAUUCAGUGGUGUAUUGGGCAUCUUGCAGAUGAUGACUUUGUAUCAUUCUUUAAGCGGGCAAAGGGGGGCCUCAAACCUGGUGGUUUCUUUGUUUUGAAGGAGAAUAUCGCUAGAGCUGGAUUUGUGCUGGAUGAAGAAGAUAAGAGUGUUACACGAUCUGAUUCAUACUUCAAGGAGCUGUUCAAUCAAUGUGGAUUGCAUAUUUGGAAAAUGAAGGAUCAGAAAGGAUUUCCUGAUGAAUUAUUUGCUGUGAAGAUGUAUGCGUUAACAACUGAAAUACCAAAGAUAGUUAAUCCAUCCAAAACGAGGAGGCAGUCAAAAAACAGGCCUGGCGUGAUCAAAUGAGGAGCAUCAUGGACCAUGGGUUUCAUUUUUGUCUUUUUGAGUUCUCAAGUUAGUUUCUCCAAUGUAUUUUAGAAAUCAUUUUUCCUUCCUCCCACACCUUCCCAACUGAAAUUGUUAGGCUUAAGAUUAGAACCUUGGACCUAACAGCGGGGAGCUAUGUUACCCAGGAUCAGCUAUGGGAGACACGGCUACUCUAGUACAAAAUGAAAAGUCAGACACAGGUACAGCAGGACAAAAUGAAGAGUUUGGUUAACAUUGCUGGAGAGGACUCUUAAGAGCCCUCUCCUCUCUCGGCAACUCUAGUUGUUGUUUCUUAGAAUUUUUGACGACUUUUUAUUUUUUCCCCAUUACAUUCAUGCAACUCUUUUUCCUUUUUCGUUGUCCUGUGCUUAGUAUAAAUCAGAGAACAUUUUUUGUAGCUUUUGAGUGCUUGGUUUACAAAAUUCUGAUUACUAUCUGUGCUAUUCACGUGUAUAUCUUCCAUUUUUGUAUACUGAAUCAUCUGUCUGAAACUUACUUUUGAC